AAGAGUGUCUUGACCAUUUGCUGGUCAACUUGAGAAUGGAAGCGCUCUUUGUGAAGGAGAAUUUUAACAUUCGAUGGGUUGCCCAAACAGGAUUUGUGGAAAAUAUCAACAAUAUCCUCAAAGAGUACAAGCAAAGCAGAGGAUUACUGCCAAUUAAGAUUUGUGUUCUCGGUCCUCCUGCUGUGGGAAAAUCCAGUAUUGCUGAAGAAUUGGCCAAGUACUACAAACUGCAUCACAUCAAACUGAAGGAUGUUAUUGCCGAAGCCAUAGCAAAACUGGAGUCGAUUGUUGCACCUAAAGACAGAGGGGAAGGAGAAGAAGAAGCUGGAGAGGAGGAGGUGGAGGAGAACGUGGAAGAUGCACAGGAGCUCCUGGAGGGCAUCAGGGAGAGCAUGGAGCAGAAUGCAGGCCGACUAGAAGAUCAAUAUAUAAUUAGAUUUAUGAAAGAAAAGCUAAAAUCUAUGCCUUGCAGGAAUCAGGGUUAUAUUUUGGAUGGAUAUCCAAAGACUUAUGAUCAAGCAAAAGACCUAUUCAGUAACGAAGACGAGGAGGAGGAAGAAGAAAUCAGAGGCAAAAUGUUUCCUUUUGAUAAAUUAAUUAUACCCGAAUUUGUUUGUGCGCUGGAUGCUUCAGACGAGUUUCUGAAGGAGCGGGUGAUAAACCUUCCCGAGAGUGUCGUGUCGGGGACCCACUACAGCCAGGACCUAUUCCUCCGGGCUCUGAGUGACUACCGGGACAUCAACACUGAAGAUGAGACUGUCUUCAACUAUUUUGAUGAAAUUGAAAUCCACCCGAUACAUAUUGAUGUAGGAAAACUUGAAGAUGCUCAGAACAGACUUGCUGUCAAACAGCUCAUCAAAGAGAUUGGGGAGCCUCGAAAUUAUGGCUUAACGGAUGAAGAAAAGGCAGAAGAGGAGAGGAAGGCUGCGGAGGAACGCCUGGCCAGGGAGGCUGCUGAGGAAGCUGAACGUGAGCACAACGAGGCUGUGGAGAUGGCAGAGAGGAUAGCUCGCUGGGACGCGUGGAAUAAACAACUAGAGGAAGUGAAAAGAGAAGAAAGGGAAUUACUGGAGGCUCAGUCUAUUCCCCUGAGAAACUAUUUAAUGACCUAUGUUAUGCCGACUCUUAUGCAGGGUCUAAAUGAGUGUUGUAAGGUCAGGCCGGAUGAUCCUGUUGAUUUUCUGGCAGAAUACCUCUUCAAGAACAAUCCUGAAAUGCAGUGAAGCUUUAAGGAAUUUAUAUCAUAUAGCUUUACAAAGUUAGAGAUCAACUUAACAUUGUAAUUUGAAAAGUUGCUUUUAAAAAUGCUUUUCCAGCUUUUGGAAAAUUCUCUUUUUUCUGUAAACGAAUAUUCUAUAAAAUAGAAUCAUAUAAAAACUCUAUAUGACAAUGAAUGACUACUUCAUUAAAACUGUGUUUGAAAGGUAAAUUGAGGCAUCUGUGCGUAAGCCGUGGGACAAAUAUUGAUUUACUAUUCUAUUCUUAGGUCAGUUCUAAGUAUUUUGCCUCUGCACACUAAUGUUUAUAGUAAUUUAAUUUAUAGCAUGAAGAAAAUCAGUCUAUAUAUUAUUCUAACAUGUAGGCUAACAAAUUUACACAAUGGGUCAUGGCCCCAGUACUAAUGGUGUUAGAAAUGGAAAUAAAUUAGAAUGGUUUAUGCUUUGUUGAGUUGCAGUAAGUCAGACAUGAUUGGUUUCUGCAAGACUGCUUUU